UUUCAUUCUCGGUGUUUAGGGUUAAGCGUCGUAAUUUCGUCGUAAAUGGAAAAACGCGGGCCUGGUAAUUUCGUCGUAACUCGAAAAACACGGGCCUGGUAAUUUCGUCGUAAAUUAAAAAACACGGGCCUGGUAAAUUCGUCGUAAAUGGAAAAACGCGGGCCUGGUAAUUUCGUCGUAAAUUUACGUCGAUUUUACGACGAAUCCUAAUCUAUAUAAGGGGACGCCGAGAGCGAGGCUGCCUCGCUCAUUCCUCCCAAAUUCCUUUGCUCUCUCUAAGAUGGCUCCUAGAAGAAAAUCCAGAGCACCUAGUUAUAGAGAUUUGUUUGGCGACGAUGGUUCCGGUACAUCUUCUUCCGGUCCAUCGUCUUCUGGUCCAUCAUCCUCCACCGCAGUUCCAGACUCUCAGCCUUCUCAGAGAGUUGCUUGGAGUCCUCCUCCACCGCAGAUGCCUCCACCGCAAAUGCCUCCACCGCAUAUGCCUCCACCUCCUCCUCCAGCGGCUGCACCUGAGCCUGUCCCAGAAGGUGCAGUUCAUCCGGAUUUGCGUGUGCCUUCAUAUGCCCCAUUCGCGAGAUAUACGGUAGAGGAUUUGCUUGCCCAGCCCGGACGAGAGGGUUUGGAUGUUCUAGACCCCGAUAGACCCCGAGGAACUUAUUGGUAAGUUAUUAAUUUUUAUUACAUAAAAAUUUAAAAUAUUUUUAUUUUCUAACGGUUAAAUUGUUUUCCUUUCAGGUUUGGGGCUAAUAACCGUGUUGGCCGGAGCGUUUCGAAAACGAUUAAGGGUUACUACGACGGGGCAUAUCCGAACUGGAGCAAGACUCCAAAUCACGUUAAGAUCACGUGGUUUAAAAUGUUUGCGGUAAGAUUUUUAAAUUUAAUUAAAUUUUAACUUUUAAAUAUGUAUAUAUUUUUUAAAUAUUAUUAUUAAUUGUAAUUUUUUCAAAUUUUUUGUGUUUCAGCAAAAGUGGCAUUGGUCUUUGGGAAUCACCGAGAUGGUGAAGGCGGAAUUCG